ACUUAAAAAAAUUCGCGCUGAUUUUUUCCUAAAUUUCCCCCCUAAAAACCCAAAAACAAAAAAACCCCAAAUUUCCCCCUAAAAUGGAGGCACCAAAGACGAUUCAUCUUCUUUGAUGAAAGUAGCAGUGUGAGGAAUGGGAAUUCAUCUUCUCAUUUGUUGAAACCUGAAUCUGGAGAGAUAUUGAAUUUUGGUGAGAGUAAGAGAAGUGGGAAUGAGAAUUUGUUCACAGGAAACUCUCCGUUCACCGUGGAGAACAAGAAGAGGUCGCCUAAUUCAAGAGGGAGCAACGAAGAAGCUAUGCUUUUGUUUACUUCAGGUGUAAUUUUACCUUUAUCUGGUGUGGUGAAAUUAAGUGGGGUGCUAGGGAUUCAGAUCACUCUGAUCUUGAAGCUUCCGUUGUUAAGGAGGCCGAUAGUAGUCGAGUCGUAGAGCCUGAAAAGAGGCCUCGAAAAUAGGGGAGAAAACCGGCUAACGGAAUAGAAGAGCCUCUAAAUCAUGUUGAAGCGGAGCGUCAAAGAAGGGAGAAGCUUAACCAGAAGCUUUUUGGUGUCUGUGACCCAGUAUUUAUUUUCUUGGAUGAUUGAUUUUUAUUUUGCAGGUGUGAUUGUGUUCUAUAAAUUGGCCGUGGUUGAGGGAAUGAGCAUGAGAGCACUCAUUGCUUACAGAUUCAUCUUUGCCACUGCUUGUAUAACUCCACUUGUUUUCAUCUUUGAAAGGCAGAGAAUGGGUGGAGACUUGAAUGAACUUAACAUUAAUGAACUGCAAGCUCUUGAAGCUAAAAUGGAUUCUUCUUUUCUAGCUAUACGUGAGAGAAAGCCUCCAUUGAAAAGACUCCUGACAAUGUUUUUGGGGUACCAUGUCAUCAAAACUCGAACAGACACACACAAGAAAAAGGUAAGGAAUUUGGAGGAAAGACAUGCAAAUCUUGUCAUGGACUUGGAUCAGAUGCAAUGGGUUGCAUGGAAGAGGCUUUUAGCUUUUGAGAACAUGGGAGCUUUUCUUCUUAGUGUGGGAACUAAAGGAAAACAAUAUAGUUUACCUAAUUCACGAGUAAUGAUACAUCAGCCUCUUGGUGGAGCUGAAGGAGGUCAAACUGAUAUUGAUAUUCAGCUGCUGUAGUUAUGUAAAGAGAAUGGGGCCUGCCAAUAAUAAUGAGCAUGUAGGCACUAAAUCUGCAGUUCAAAUUCGAAGCCAUGCUCAAAAGUUUUUCUCUAAGUCUCAUUGCUUUGAGUUCAUUGCAAGAUUUUCUUGAUUAAGUAGAUGUAUUAUAUCUUUUAUUACCAAGGUUUACUUGAUUAAGAAAAUGCAUUGUAUUUUUUAUUACCUUGCAAUAUGUAUAGUCAUAGGCAGGUUCAACUAGUUAGUCUAUUUCUCAUAUGUAUUAUUUAUUUUAGUUUUGAUUCUAAAUUUUUAUUUUUACUUUAAUAUUUACGACAACUUGAGUUCUAA